GUAGCUCCGCCCCGACGGCCGUCUCCUUCACGGGCGCGGAGAAGCUGCUGUCGAUGUGUUGCUAAGCUGGACACGCGCUCGCCUCGGCCAGACGCCCGUUCGGCUCGAUCCCGGCUGAACGCCCAACCUGCGCCGCCGCCGCCGCCUCGUUGAUCUCGGGCGAGGAGCGGUUCCAUCCCCUGCGCGCAAAGAUGGCUUCGGUAACAGAUGCUAGAUAUGGACCCAAGGAUGUUUCAGACCAGAACUUUGAUUAUAUGUUCAAGCUCCUGAUCAUUGGCAACAGUAGUGUGGGCAAGACUUCCUUCCUCUUCAGAUAUGCUGAUGACACUUUCACACCUGCCUUUGUCAGUACAGUGGGAAUUGACUUCAAAGUGAAGACUGUUUACAGGAAUGACAAGAGGGUAAAACUGCAGAUUUGGGAUACAGCUGGACAAGAAAGGUACAGGACCAUCACGACUGCUUAUUACAGAGGAGCAAUGGGAUUCAUCCUGAUGUAUGAUGUUACUUGUGAAGAGUCCUUCAAUGCUAUACAAGACUGGGCCACUCAAAUAAAGACAUAUUCCUGGGAUAAUGCACAAGUUAUUCUGGUUGGGAAUAAGUGUGAUGUGGAGGAUGAAAGAAUUAUUCCUAUUGAAAAAGGAAAACAUUUGGCUGAUCAGUUGGGUUUUGAUUACUUUGAAGCCAGUGCCAAGGAGAACAUCAACGUGAGACAGGUCUUUGAGAGACUUGUGGACAUCAUUUGUGAGAAGAUGUCAGAGAGCAUGGAAUCGGAAGCUUCAAAGGCUACAGCUGGGAAAAAUGUGCGGCUCACAUAUCAGCCACCCCCGCUGCAGCAGAAGUGCUCCUGUUAGUGCCUCAAAAAUCAGUAGGAAUUUUUCCCCUGACACAGGAAUGUUUUCUCCUCACUUAACUGUCUUUAGAAAGGGACGUGUCUAUGCUGGUGGAACUACUGUAAGUACAUUUGUUCAGUGUCCAUAAAAAUCCUGUAACAUAUUCUGCACCAUGAAGUGGCUGUUAGUGCUAGCAUUUCAUUGAGAAUUUAUCUUAAGAUUUAAUAUUUUAUAGUGUUAUCCCAUUCUGAAUUAUGCUUGGUGUUUCUAAUAAUUUUAUUAAAAAUUGAGCCAGAUAACAUGAAUUCAAAAUACUUCUGGAUCUGUUCAUUAGAAGUCACUGCUAAGAUUGAUGGUUAAAUAAAUAGCAUUUAUCUGUAAUUAAGAUAUACUUUGGCUGCAUGUUGAUAAAAGAGAGAUGCAAGUAACAGAAUUAUUAGCAUGUGCAGUAAUAAUUUUAAGAUGCUGAAUUGCUCCAUUUCUUUCAUUUUAUUUUUGGCAGUUUUUUUCAAUCCUAUCCCACCAUUCAGUCCCCAAAUACUUCUGAUUAUUUGAUCAUCAGUCUCACUGAAGCCAGUGGUAAUUAUUAUGAGAUGUAAGGAGUCUUGCUAUAAAUAAUGUUGCAAUGUUCUCUUCACUAUUAUCAGAAGAAAUCCAACUGUGUUUAAUGAUGCUUAUUCUGGUAACUUAAAUAAGAUUAGACAUAAAUUUGCAUAAACAUAUACAAUAUUCAUUUCAUUUCAGCCAUUGUAUAGACAGUAGUAAAAAAAAUCAGUAACUGUGAUUUUUUUUCUCUAUUUGGUAUUAUUACAAAAAGUUUUAUUUUCUUGUAUAUUUAUGAUAUAUUACAAGAUACUGACUUAAAGUGCUUGUAGUGUAUUUGUUGUUCUUGGUAAGUUUUUGACAAAAUAAAACGUUAUUUGGUAA